AUGGACUCUAGCCGUCUUGUACGAUGGACUGUGCCUCCACUAAGCCGCGUACCGUUUGCAUGAGCGGGUCGUAGCUUCUUAUCUUACCAAACGCCACGCACGUUUUUCUAUUGGUUUGGCAGGUUUCAUGCAAUGCUGACGCUCAGUAAUUUGACUUGAACGCUCUCUUACCUCUCUCUUUCAUAUCGAACCUGAUCGUCCUCUGUUAUCGACCUCCACUCCGAUCAUCCACCUUCAUGGACUUCCUCUGACGAUAGCAAUCCGCCCGCGACUAUGCUCGUAUCCGUCCCCUCGAUACCGCGACUCAUCGUCAUCCCGCUCUUCCUUCUUACAUGCGGCAUCUUCUUCAUCCCACACGGCUACCAUGGGUCGAGUGCCUUGCAUAUGCCUUUGUUGACGGGCAAAAACCUCACUGCCACUAGCUCCACCUUCGGCGCACCCGUGCAAGAGUUCUGGUCGGACCUUGUCACGGCCCUAAUCGAGUCGCAGCCGCAAUGCGAGGCCUUACGCCUCAAAGGCGACGGCGAUGCAUUGGUGAAGAACUUUCUGCCUCUCGAACCGCAUCAGGCGCAUCCUGAUCAGUUGUUGGACUUCACCGACAAAGAGGAGACCGCUCUGUUCCAGGCUCACUAUACUAUGCGUAGAUGGGCACAGCUUCUGGCGCCAAAGUUACCAUUCGCCAAAGGCACAACGGGGAUUGUCACCACUGCAGACAUCUUCUAUAUGCCGAUAUUCCUGGUGUCGCUGCGCAUGCUGCGGAGAACUGGCUGUGACUUACCCAUGGAAGUCUUCAUUGAUGACUGGACAAAAUACGAUCCGGCCAUAUGCGACACCCUCCUACCGUCCCUGAACGCCCGUUGUGUAGUCUUGUCCAACAUCUACGACACAGCCACAAACGCGAAACCACCCAAUCACUACCAGUACAAGAUCUUCUCCAUCCUUUUCUCAUCCUUCCAGCAUGUUCUGUUUCUCGAUAGCGACGCAUUCCCGACCCAGGAUCCCAGCAAACUCUUCUCCGCCGCACCAUAUACAACCCACGGCCUAGUCACUUGGCCAGACUUCUGGGCUCAGACGAUAUCCUCGCAUUACUAUCACAUCGCCGCCAUACCAGAAGUCGCCUCUCAAUCGAGGCUUUCUACCGAAAGCGGCCAGCUUCUCAUCAACAAGGACAUCCACCGUGCGUCGCUCCUCAUGAUGGUGUACUACAACUACUACGGCCCAGACUACUAUUACAUCCUUCUUAGCCAAGGCAGCCCUGGCGCUGGCGACAAAGAAACUUUCGUACAGGCAGCACUUGCAGUUGGCCUGCCCUACUACCAAGUUCAAACACCUCCCAGUGUUCUUGGCAACCAUAUGAAUGGCACCUACAGGGGCACCGGCAUCGCGCAAGCAGACCCGAAUCUCGACUACGAAUACCUCAUUCCAAUGCGCAGCCAUGUUCACACCGAAACACUCUGGCGAGACGCCGACCUUGCGAAACCGAAUGCCGAGAUCGAGAAGGGAUAUGACAGGAUACGCAAAGCCCCACAUAAGCCAUCGAUCCUCUUCCUGCAUCAAAACAAUCUCAAACUUGACCCGGCGAAAAUGCUGGACGAUAAGAGAGUGUAUGGGGAUGACGACACUCCGCACAGGAUGUGGGGCCCGAACAAAGAUAUGACGGAAGACCUAGGAUACGAUGCUGAGCGCAGACUAUGGGACGUCAUCUCCGAAGAGGGAUGCAGGCUGGACACAAGGAGUGAGACAUGUACAAAAGUACUGGCGCAUGUUCAAGGGGUCUUCUCUUGAUGGUCUUCCACGAGUGGCAUGAGUUUACGUGAUGAUUCCGAGAGUAUAUUUUGGCAAAGGGCUUUGAUGUCGUCAUUUCCGGAGCAGUUUGUAGUAUACCCCCUCUUAAAUUCUAUAUAAUGAUCUCUCAAAAGUGCAAGAGGUAAUGCAUGUACCCUUCUACGAUGGUCACCUUGAUGCAUGUGGAUGAAGGAUUGAUGAUGCCAUAA